AUUCAACUUUCUAGAUCUCGUAUUACUCCGUACGUACCUGCGUUGAUAGAUACUCACUUGUGAAGUGCAGCCAUCAAGGCUGCUGAGGCCAAUAUGCUCAGUGGCAUUCUGAUCUUUAAUCAGAAGGGCGAGAACCUCAUCUUUCGAGCCUUUCGUCCAGAUUGCCGUCCACGGCUCGCAGACAUCUUCCGCAUCCAAGUCAUCUCCAAUGCCCAAGUGAGAUCGCCCAUUCUCACCCUGGGUUCAACGACCUUCAGCCACGUCAAGCACGAAAACAUCUAUCUUGUGGCAGUCACAAAGAGUAAUGCCAAUGCCGCCAUUGUCUUCGAAUUCCUUUACAAAUUUAUCGGGCUGGGAAAGCAAUACUUUGGAAAGUUCGACGAGGAGGCUGUCAAGAACAACUUUGUUUUGAUCUAUGAGCUGCUUGAUGAGAUUCUAGACUUUGGCUACCCUCAAAACAGUGACAUCGAUGUUCUCAAGAUGUACAUCACCCCAGACAACAUAUCCUCUGCCAUUCGUUCAGUGUCCGCACCCUCGAGUGACACUUCUCGGAUCACAAUGCAGGCCACAGGAGCCCAAUCUUGGAGAAGAGGCGAUAUCAAAUACCGAAAGAAUGAGGCGUUUGUGGAUGUCAUCGAAGACGUGAAUUUGCUUAUGAGCGCGACUGGCACUGUCUUGAGGGCAGAUGUCACUGGUCAGAUCGUCAUGAGGGCAUACUUGACCGGUACGCCAGAGUGCAAGUUUGGAUUGAAUGACCAGCUUGUUGUUGGACAAAUCGCCCACGGUCUGGACGGUCCGAUCGGGAAUCAAGAAGGGAAGCGAAAGACCACGAGAGCAGCCGCCGGCUCCGUCACCUUGGAGGACUGCCAGUUCCACCAGUGUGUACAGUUGGGGAAAUUCGAGACUGACCGAACCAUCUCCUUUGUACCACCGGAUGGAGAAUUCGAGCUCAUGAAGUAUCGAGCUGUUGAGAACGUCAACCUUCCCUUCAAAGUACAUGCUAUUGUGCGUGAAGUUGGCACCACCAAAGUCGAGUACAGCAUUGCUGUGAAAGCGAACUAUGGAAGCAAGCUGUUUGCGACGAACGUGGUGGUCAGAAUACCUACGCCCUUGAACACUGCCAGCAUCACCGAGCGAACUACCCAAGGUAAGGCGAAGUACGAGCCAGAAAACAAUUGCAUUGUGUGGAAAAUUGCUCGAUUUACUGGUGGCAGCGAGUUCGUCCUCAGCGCCGAGGCACACCUGACCAGUAUGACGAAUCAAAAGGCAUGGUCACGCCCACCGCUGAGCAUGACCUUUUCACUGCUCAUGUUCACUAGCUCGGGUUUGUUGGUUCGAUAUCUGAAGGUGUUUGAAAAAAGCAACUACAGCAGUGUGAAAUGGGUCCGAUAUAUGACCAAGGCUGGAAGUUACGAGAUACGAUUUUGACGAGUUAUGGUCAGGCUGCUCAUAUGGAAGAUUUUGGCAUCAUACAAGUACGCGAGCUAUCCUCAACUCUUCUUUGACACAAAGGCAUCAGCAGCCGAAUGGCCAAGACGGCACCGUGCAGGGAGCAUAUUUUUGUGAGACGCCCGUUUAUUUGCGUUUGGCCUACAUGGUCGCAAAAACGGCACCACCCGAUGAAGGGCCGAUAGCCACUCAAACCCAAGUAUGCAUCCAAAAGGACCUCCGCAAUGCGGUAGGCAUCGACGAGGCCGUCCAUGCAGCCAAUUGCACAUACAUCAAUUCUCCAGCAUUUCCUCACAAUCUGAUUUACGUUUUAUGUGUCUGAUGGCAGCAGAUGUGUCAGAUUGGCUCCAGGCCACGUGUAUGCAGCAUCACAUGGAAUGGGUUGAGGAAGGAUGUGAGAAGAUCAAAAGCAUGAUUGGCAUGCAUCAGAGAUAUCUAUGAAAGCCGAGCUCGCUGGAGCUAGCCAAAAUCGAAUGUAUUCAUACAAAUGACGAAGUAUGGUAAGCAAGGUGCUACCAAGAUGCAAUAUCCAAAUCUGUUCUGGAGAUCCUGCGUCCUCUCCUGAGGCCGACAUUGCCUUCUCCUACGAGGAGACUCCAUCGCCUGCCCAGGCUAUCCUUGUCUUUCCCCAGUUUCCUUGCACACUCGUUCCAGUCGCGUUUGGAGAGUUUGAGUUUUUCGAGCACCGUCUCGACGAGCAAUCUGUCGUCGUCAAUGGUCCAAUCCGGAUCGUCUAUUGAAGGUGAUGACCCAUACGCGGAAUCACGGUCUGAAUUGUUAUUGCUUGCGAAUGGACUGAUGAUGGGCAUAUCAAGGUCGGGUUCCACGGUCUCCUCGGGCGGUG